ACAACGACCUGUUCGCUGUUUUAAGUUUCUCCUCUCAAGCGUCGAGUCGCAAAUAUACACGUGGGUAAGCUACAGCAGUGGUAUUUUCGUCUGCUCGGUGCAAUCUUGGUGAGAAAAGAAAUCGUUGUUUAUUAGGAAAUGGAGGCUGGGCAUGACGCGAUACCACCCGGCGGAAUGCGGUGCGGGGAACCAGAGGUAAAACGCGCUGCCGUGGAAGAAACAUCUGAGCGCGUGGCUUUGAUGGAUGACAGCAUGGCGGACGGCUAUCUGGACGACGAUAAUGACGUCGGCGACGCUAGCGACGACGAUGGCGACGAUUCUGAUUCGUCAACUGACGCCGUCGGCGAUGCUAACGACGCUGACGAAGAUGCAGCCGACAUGGAUGGCGAUAUGGAGGAUGCGGGAGGUUCCAUUGGCGGUGGGGGGGGUGGGGGGAUUGAGGUACUGGGAGGUAUGGCGGCGCAAGAGGUGGAGGAGGAAGGGAUGGAGGGAGAGGGGGAGGAAGAGGAGGAGGAAGAGGAACCGGACGAGGCACAUCGCGAUAGGGCUGAUGACGAUGACGAGGCGAGCAUUCACUCCGAGGAGGACGAGGGCGAAGCAGGUGAUGUCGCGGAAGACGUGGCGGAAGCGGCGGAAGCAGUUGAGCAAGCGGCGGACGGAACGGAAAGGCUAACGGAGCCGGCAGGCGUUAACGGGGAGGUCAAUACAGGCAACGGAGGAGAGGAGGGGGGGCAAGAAGGGGAGGAAGGGGAUGUGGCAGACGGAACAGGAAAGGAGAGAAGAGGAGAGAAAACAGGCGGGGGGUCAGCGGACGAAGGGAAGGGAGCAAAAGUAAGAGGCCACAAAUCACAAACAGCAGAAGCAAAGGGCGGAAAGAGGAGAGCUGAGGUCGCUGCAGCAGCGGAAGGAGCUGUGACGACGGACACACCCGUAGCAGGGGAGAUGCCAGGAGCAAGAGAACCAGUAGCAGCAGGCGCAGCAGGCGCAUUGAUACCGGUGGCGUGUGUGAAGCGCAUCAUGCACGCGGACGACGAGGUGCGCCAGGUAUCCUCCGACGCCGCCCUGCUCGUUGCCUCCGCCGCCCAGCUCUUCCUCGAGAGCCUGGCGGCUGCAGCGUUCACCCGCACACGGUCGGCCCGCCGCCUGACUGUCAACCAGGCGGACGUGGCGGGGGCGGUGCGGGCAUCGGAUAAGAUCAGUGACUUUAUCGGCUCAUCCAUAACCUGCCUUCGCCAGAUCAGCAACAUUCGACCUCACGCUGACUCAGCACCAGGUCGGGGGAGUGCAGGUGCAGAAGGCUCCAGGAAGCGGCAGAGGGCAGAAGCAGUGCGGGACAGGAAGGCGCGGUUCAUCACUGCCUUCUUCCUCAAGUCGUAGCAGCAAAGGCACGGGAAGAGCCCAUCCUCUGGAGCACCCACAGCACCUUGCAUUCUGAGGCGCCUCAUAAGUCACCUUGCAUCCUCUACAGCACCUUGCAUCCCCAGGCAGAAGCAGUGCGGGACAGAAAGGUGUGGUUCGUCACUGCCUUCUUCCUCAAGUCGAAGCAGCACUGCACUGACAUUUUUGCAUUGGCACCGUCCUUUCUCCAGAGUAACUUCCAUAAGGCAUGCGCGUGGCGGCAGGCACCUCUCACUACCAAACGAGCCUUGCUUCACCGCUGCCUUCCUCAAAUAGUAGCUGCUCUGGCAAUCCGGUGUGUCGGCAUCACCCUGCCCCUAGUGUGACUUCCAAGUGGGUUGGCUGGCAGCUCCCACAACCAAGACAAUGUGCCCUUAGUGCCACACAUGGGUGCGGCGUUUUUCCCUAGAUCUGGCUCCUAUCCUCGCAUCUUGUGAGCUCGGAUCGUGAAAUUUUGGCAUGGAGAUGCUCUAUCAGCCGCGACGCUCUUGGGCUGUCAGGAUAAUGGAAUGGAAUCCACAC